CCACCAGCGGACAGAUCAAACUCAACGUAGUACAUCCCAUCUCCACUCAAAAUACUCUGCCUUCUCGAACAUAUCCCCCCCGAAACCAGUACCAAAACCCCAUCUUAUCACCCUUCUCCGCCAUACACACGCCUCUCUCCCCCAAAAAUCCCUCUCCUUCCCCACAUGGCCCGGCCAUGACCACCGCCGUCAAGCUCCCACCACCACCACCUCCGCCACCUUCAAACCGACGACUUCACCUCCCCCAGACCCUCACUCUCCACUGGGCUUCUUCUCCCCCUCCAAAGUACCCCCACUUUCCCACUCAAGCCACUUCCGACCACCACUCCAAUUCCCUCGCAACAACCACCAAAACAAACCCACCUCCCGGUUUCCAUGAUGCCACGCUCCUAGCGCUGCUCCGGCAGAGGAAAACGGACGAGGCCUGGCUGAUAUACUCGCAGAGUUCGAGUCUUCCCAGCCCCACUUGCCUCAGCCGACUGGUCUGUCAAUUGUCGUACCAGAACACGCGCCAGGGCCUGGAGCGCGCGCAAUCCAUCGUCCGGCGCCUCCGCCAUGAGCGGCAGCUCCACCGCCUCGACGCCAACUCGCUUGGCCUCCUCGCGGUGGCCGCCGCCAAGGCCGGCCACACGCCAUACGCCGCCUCCGUUAUUAAGUCCAUGCUCAAGUCCGGUUACCUGCCCCACGUCAAGGCGUGGAGCGCCGUCGUCAGCCGCCUCGCCGCCGCCGGCGACGACGGCCCCUCCGAGGCGGUUAAUCUGUUUGCCUCCGUUGUCCGUAGAAUUCGUAGGUUUGCGGACCCGAAAGUAGUGGCGGAUUCCGCUCCUGACACGGCUGCUUACAAUGCGGUGCUCAAUGCUUGCGCCAAUAUUGGGGAUACAAAACAGUUCCUCCAACUGUUCGACGAAAUGCCUGAGUGGGGUUGUGAGCCUGAUGUUUUAACCUACAAUGUGAUGCUUAAGUUGUGUGCUAGAGUUGAGAGGAAAGACCUACUUGUUUUUGUAUUAGAGAGAAUUCUGGAGGAGAAAAUUCCUUUGUGUAUGACCACAUUCCAUUCGCUUGUCGCCGCUUAUGUUGGCUUUGGUGAUCUAGAAACGGCAGAGAAUAUGGUGCAGGCAAUGAGGGUGGGUCGGCAGGACCUUUGUCGAAUUCUAAGAGACUUCGAUUUGGAAACCCCAACUCGGGAUAAGAGUGGUGUACUUGAGAAACUGCUUCCCAAUUCUGUUAAUCCAAGCGAUUAUGAACCCCCAUUGUUGCCUAAGAUAUACGCCCCCGACUCUAGAAUUUACACGACUCUAAUGAAGGGUUAUAUGAAAGAAGGGCGUGUUAGUGACACGGUGAGAAUGCUAGAGGCAAUGCGGCAUCAAGAAGAUAGUGCCAGCCGCCCCGACCAUGUUAGUUACACAACAGUUGUGUCCGCGCUGGUGAAGGUGGGAUCGAUGGAUCGGGCUCGGCAGGUGCUAGCCGAGAUGACUAGAAUUGGUGUUCGUGCUAAUAGGAUUACUUACAAUAUCCUUCUCAAAGGGUAUUGCCACCAGCUGCAGAUAGAGAAGGCGAAAGACUUGAUUCGAGAGAUGGUUGAUGAUGCUGGGAUUGAGCCUGAUGUUGUUUCCUAUAAUACUUUGAUUGAUGGAUGUAUACUGGUUGAUGACAGCGCCGGGGCUCUUAACUACUUCAAUGAAAUGCGAGCAAGAGGAAUUGCUCCUACCAAGAUCAGUUACACUACUUUAAUGAAAGCGUUUGCUUUGUCAGGCCAACCAAAGCUAGCUAACAAGGUCUUCGAUGAGAUGCUCCAGGACCCCAGAGUGAAGGUCGAUUUGGUUGCUUGGAAUAUGUUGGUUGAAGGGUAUUGUAGGCUCGGUUUGAUUGAAGAAGCCAAGAAAAUAGUUGAGAGGAUGAAAGAAAACGGAUUCUACCCUAAUGUCGCUACGUAUGGAAGCCUUGCAAACGGGAUUGCAGUUGCUAGAAAGCCUGGAGAAGCACUACUGCUUUGGAAUGAAAUAAAGGAGAGGUGUGGCGACAAAAAAGGAGGUGAUGUCGCUAAUUCCUCUUCGGCUGUUAUACCAUUGACACCCGAUGAAGGUCUCUUGGAUACUCUGGCUGAUAUUUGUGUGAGGGCUGCUUUCUUCCGGAAAGCUCUGGAGAUUGUAGCUUGCAUGGAGGAGAAUGGAAUACCACCAAAUAAGACCAAGUAUACAAGAAUCUAUGUGGAGAUGCAUUCCAGGAUGUUCACAAGUAAGCACGCAUCAAAAGCCCGGCAAGAUCGAAGGGUUGAGAGGAAGAGAGCUGCAGAGGCAUUCAAGUUCUGGCUGGGAUUGCCUAAUUCUUACUAUGGGAGUGAGUGGCGGCUUGAGCCUGUAGAUGGAGAUGGAGAUGGAGAUGAAUAUGCUUCUGAUUCUUCAUAACCAUAUUGCAUUACAAUCUUGUUGAAAAUGCAAUUCAAGUGACAAUAGUUUUUGGUGCAUUUGAGUAAGUUGAUCAAUCUUGUAAAACUUGAUUUUUGCAUCCACUCUAUGUGUCAUUUACCUCUGUAACAUAUGAAAUUGAUUCCUUGGCUGGCCCAUGACUAUAUAUAUAUAUACACAUGUGAUUUCACUUUC